UUUUUAAGCAAAUUACCAACACUGACUUUAGAUGGUGUCUGGCACUUCAGUGAACAACACAGAGGCUGAAGCGGGGCUUUUUCCUCUGUUCUGUAACACACAUAGCUGCUAGUACUAACUCCUUUUUCGGUUAAACAUACUUUUCCCGUGCCAGUUUUAGAAAUGCACCGGUAUCUAGGAGAGCUCCUUACCCGAGCGGGAUCCAGCGCUCUGGCCUCGGGACUCGGCGACGCCACUUUGCCGGCCUCGGCGUCUCUCAUGCGGCUGCGGCGCUACAGCCAGGCCGUGGGCAAAGAGGACGACGACCCCAACUUCUUCCGCAUGGUGGAGGGCUUCUUCGACCGCGGCGCUGCUAUCGUCGAGGACAAACUCGUGGAAGACUUGAAGACCAGAGAGACGCCCGAGCAGAAGAGGCACCGAGUCCGCGGAAUCCUUAAGAUCAUCAAGCCUUGCAACCACGUCCUGGCCGUGAAUUUCCCCCUGAAGCGAGACAACGGCGAGUGGGAGAUGAUUGAGGGCUACCGAGCCCAGCACAGUCAGCACAGGACCCCCUGCAAGGGAGGUAUCCGUUACAGCACAGAAGUGUCUGUUGACGAAGUGAAAGCUUUGGCUUCCUUGAUGACAUACAAAUGUGCUGUUGUUGAUGUACCUUUUGGAGGAGCGAAAGCUGGGCUGAAGAUCAACACCAAGAAUUAUUCUGACAAUGAGCUGGAGAAAAUAACAAGACGGUUCACCAUUGAGCUGGCUAAGAAGGGGUUUAUUGGGCCCGGCAUUGAUGUCCCUGCUCCCGACAUGAGCACUGGCGAGAGGGAAAUGUCUUGGAUUGCUGACACGUACGCCAACACCAUGGGUCACCAUGACAUCAAUGCCCAUGCGUGCGUGACGGGGAAGCCCAUUAGCCAGGGCGGCAUCCAUGGGCGAAUUUCAGCCACCGGGCGAGGAGUUUUCCAUGGCAUCGAGAACUUUGUCAAUGAAUCUUCCUACAUGAGUCAGCUAGGGUUGACUCCUGGUGUUGGAGACAAGACCUUCAUUAUUCAGGGUUUUGGUAAUGUGGGCCUGCACUCCAUGCGUUACCUACACCGCUACGGGGCAAAGUGUAUUGGAGUAGCAGAGUGGGAUGGAAGCAUCUGGAACCCUAAUGGCAUUGACCCCAAGGAGUUGGAAGACUAUAAGCUGGCAAAUGGUACAAUUGUCGGCUUUCCCAAGGCAACACCCUAUGAAGGCAACAUCUUGGAGGCCGAAUGUGACAUUUUGAUUCCUGCUGCUAGUGAGAAGCAACUUACAAAGACGAAUGCCACCAAGAUCAAGGCUAAGAUCGUUGCUGAGGGAGCCAACGGCCCAACCACCCCUGAAGCUGAUAGGAUAUUCCUUGAAAGGAAUAUUAUGGUGAUUCCUGACAUGUACCUGAAUGCUGGUGGUGUGACUGUCUCCUACUUUGAGUGGCUGAAGAACCUGAACCAUGUCAGCUAUGGCAGACUGACCUUCAAAUAUGAGAGAGACUCAAACUACCAUCUCCUCAUGUCAGUGCAGGAGAGUCUGGAGAGGAAGUUUGGAAAGCAUGGUGGCGCCAUUCCCGUGGUCCCAACCUCUGAAUUUCAAGAAAGGAUUUCUGGAGCGUCUGAGAAGGACAUUGUGCACUCCGGACUGGCCUACACCAUGGAGCGCUCUGCCAGGCAAAUUAUGCGCACGGCCAAUAAGUACAACCUGGGGCUUGAUCUGCGCACAGCGGCCUACGUAAACGCCAUCGAGAAAGUCUUUAAAGUGUACAACGAGGCUGGCCUCACAUUCACAUAGACACCUGAUAGGAUCUGUCUGCAUGUCUGUCCGUCCAUCUAUACAGACACACUAUAUCUUCACUGCCUCCUCCACAGCCAAUAUUUAAUAUAUCCAGUUUACAUUUAACAUAUUCAUGUAUACUGUUUGUAUGUAUAUGGCAUAUGUACCUUAUGGCUUUAAGUUUUCUUCCCUUGCAGCUUUUAUCCACUCCAUAACACCAAAGCUCUGUCAGCAUGCUGUCAUGUCCAGCUAAUCUACACUUGAAUAUCUUGCUAGAAAAUGCCAAAACAGAUGGUAUUUAUACUGUAUAAUGUAUUUAUACUGUAUAAUAAUAAUCUCUGCUGUGUUCUGUUCAGGGAAGUUUAAAUUCCAGCUAUUCAACACACAAUAUGCAAAGACCCAUCCAGCCUUAAUAUCACACAGCAGUCUGUAAAACACAAGUGAUCUUGUUUUUUUUUUUUUUAUUAUUAUUACUAUUAUUUUAAAGGACGUUCUUUCACUUUAAACCAGCUGAAGGCAUGCAAAGGUUAAUAACGAAGGCAAUGCACAGCAAAUUAUCUCAGGCUUAUAUAUGUUACAAAAUUGCACAGAUGUGUAUUUAUCUGUUCUUGCACUUGGCUUAUCCUUUUCUUAUUAAAAAUAUAUAUCAUGGUGCUCUUUUGCCUAAUAUGCCACUGUUUAUCACCAAAUGCUUCCAUGGUGAAAGGUAGGAAGCAUGUCUUAAUGGUUAACAUGUAGAAUGUAUGCAUAUGGACCGGUUCGUGUUUGGGAACAAAUGACUUAUUUUCUUAAUCAUGUGAGCAUUGAAUAGGAAGUGAAUCUGUUUGGGAGGAGAGUUUAUAUGGCUUUGUUUAGGAUAAAAUGUAAUAAAAUGUAUACACCA